AUGGAAUCAGCUUGUAAUUGUGGAAUGGGUGGCACCUAUCGAUUCGAAAGAGUUCGAGGUUUGUUACGCUUCUACAAUCAUCUUAUUUUCGAUUUUGAUACACAUCAAUUGACUGUUGAACACCUAUCAAAUAAAGCAUUUUCUGAUUCUGUGUUAUACGAUUAUACUUACAUAUUAGAAGAUUUAGUUCCGAAAAAUAGUCCAAUUUCAUUUUAUCGUGUAAAUAUUGAACAGUUGGCGAAGAAAACAAAAGGUUUCAAUCAUGCAUCGUGUCAAUGUAGUUAUCCUGAUGUAAAAGUCGAUCAAUUUUCGUUUCUCGAUUAUACACAAUUGUCACAUGUUCAUUUAGUUGUUGCUCAACGCAGUGACGACGUCUUUGUUUUAGCUACAUAUAGUGGAAUUGCUGCUUUCUAA